ACGUCACGUGCGUCUGCUUUGGCGGCUCUGCGCAAAAUGGCAGACGCGGAUACCGACAGUCGCCGAUCCGUUGAUGACCGCUGCGAUGUUACGCCAGCAAUGCCGGACGACGGUGCCGAAGGGGUCCCUCUGCAAACUGAGUGGACGUUCUGGCUCGACAAGACAGAGGGGCGAGGUAUGUCAGCUGCGGAGUACACAGCCAGCCUCAAGAAAAUCUACACUGUGAACACUGUGCAGGGUUUCUGGGCAGUGCUGCACCACAUUCCAGAUGUGUGUGAGCUCGGCCUGCGGCACACAUACCACCUAAUGCGGGGACAGCGGCGGCCUCUCUGGGAGGACCCGGAAAACCAGCGAGGGGGCACCUGGCGCAUCCGAUGCCACAAGAAGCACACACCAGUGGUCUGGAGGGAGCUUCUAUUGGCUGCCAUUGGAGAACAGUUCGCAGAAGUUGUGCGGCCAGGAGAUGACAUAUGUGGGGUGUCUGUGUGCGUGAGAGAGAAGGAUGACAUAGUGCAACUGUGGAAUGCUGACGCACGUCUCAGCGAAGGUGCUACGGUGCUGUCCCGUGUUCAUGCCCUCCUGCCACAAGGCAUCACUCCAAUUGCCGAGUUCUACAAACCUCACCAGUCCAGGUUGGCAUAUGAAGGGGGUCACAAGAAGAUGUCCCGCUAGUCAGUGGAGCAGCUACGAUCCACACGGACCCAGUGGUGAUGCCAGGUGCCUGUGGCUCGCCAGUUCAGAUGACUGAGCUUGGCAGCCAGUAGCCUUGUCGCUUUUUUUUGUAUCCACCUCUGUAUAUGUUCUUUAUUGACUAGCUGUUGUUAUCAGCUGUCAUUUGGUGAAACAAUGGGACUUCCAAUGUUUUGAUUCUAGGUAUUGUCACGAAAACUGGUGCUUCAUCACUCAUGAUGACUGAAGAACAAAGAUAUUGGCUGUGCUAUUUGUUAUGCACCAUGCCCUUCUUUUUUUUUUCUUAGUUUCUAGUGCAAGCUCUGACAUAUUGUUUCAAUGAAUGGCUUCUGGUUUAGCCAUAAAUGAUAUCGAAGGUCAUAUCACUGGCAUGUUCCGAAGGGCUAAGGCCUGAUUAAAAGUUGUGGCACUAUUGUUGUUUACCAAGGGCUUGAUUGCAGUGGUUUUGUACUUAUGUAAAAGUGUUGGUUUCUUAAUGCUUCCUUUUAUCUGAGGGAUGUUUUACAUAUGGAAACUCAAGCAAAGAUUUGCCAAAAUGUUGUUGCUGAAUUGAGUAUUUUACAGGAAGUUGCUAGCAGGAUUUAUGAACCUUACUGUGGUUGGACAGCCUACACAUCAUCUGAGAGCCUUUGUGGGAAAGUGAACAUUCACAUUGGGAUAGAAAAGGCACAAGUAGCCUUCGUGGUUAUGUUAUCCUAGGUAGAGUGGGAAUUCAAUGUUUCAGUUACAUUGUAAAGGGUGAUCUUCUUAUUGAUGGCUAAUUUAAUACCAUUUGAGUGAAGCUGUGUGUUGAGCCAAAUCGAUUAGCAUAAGCAUGAAUCAUUUUUAGUGAAGCAUGCUUUAGCAACUGACUCAGUGACGUGCCACACAAAUUAAUUUGAAUGUCUUUGUCUUGAAGCACCUCGCAUGCAGGUAUUGCACAGUGGUGUAUUUGUGAGGUACUAUGUCUUGAGUUGUAAAUCUUUGAUGAUGUCAACAGUAUGUUGUUCUUAUGCAUAUUGCCUUGCCACUCAGCUUUAUAUUGUUGUUGUUUUUUCGAACUCUUUAAUUAACAGCUCGGUGAGACAGCUUAUGAACAUUUAGCAGCCACACACAUAUCUAUCUGUUCAGGAAGCUCACAAGUUGGUGAUGUGAUGAAGCUUUAAUCUUCCCAGGAAGCAUGCCAGCAUCGCAAUCUCUUUUACUUUAGUAACAGUAUUAAGCAGUUUCAAAAACAGUGAUCAUAGUUUUCGUUUUACAGAGUGCAAAACGACUUCUGCUCUUUACUUUGCUGAAAAAAACGGCAAAAACAAAAACGAGCUUCACUUGAACGAGAAGCAGCUAAAAUGUCACACUACUGACUUGUCUGGCAACUUGUGUUAGCUCAUGCCAAGUGCGUUUCUUUUUUUUCUCUGGUGAAGAGUUACAAAUGGUGUGUUACUCUAUGCACAACAUAGGCUGUAGCUGUGCCUGAUGAGUGUGUGCGCUUUGGUGGUUUUGGGAUUAAUUCCACCACCAAAGUGACACUCGAGCCAUGCAAAAUGCGAGCCAUGAAAAUAAUAUCGCCAUAAACAAUUGCUUUUAGCUGACUAUAAUGCCAUUAAUUAGUGCCAAGCAGCUUGCACUUUAGCACUAAUUUGCAUGUGUUAAGCAGCGGCAGCCUUCAACUCUCUAUGCAGGUAAAAUGCCACCUGUGCAUUGUCUUGCCACCUGUAGUGCCUUGAAUGAAACUGUGUCUUUUAAUUCAGGGAGAAAUACUUUAGGAAAGGAUAGUGUUUUUAGGUCAUUGUCUAUUACUGCCUUGAAUUUUCAUCAUGAAUCAUAGCCAACUGGCUCUGAGAAAUAGGUGUAAAACGUUCAAAGAUGCAAGUUUCAUACAAUUGUGCACUAAUUCAAAUAUUAUUAACUUUGACAAUACGUCUUCUUCAGCUACAAAUUGUGGAAAUUAUUGUAGUAAACAAGAUGAAUUGCUGAAUUCGAGCAAGAGAAACUGCUGAUUUGAUUAAAUCUGGCCAUCUCUAUUUCUAUUCUCUUUCAGAAAAAGCAGACUGGCUUACGUUGAUUUUGUGGUGUCGCUGAAUAAACCGUCUGCUCUGCAUUGUAAAUCAAGCGUUCUUAGCUAAUGACUUUAACAUUUUUUCUUACCUUUAGAACGUAGUCUUAAAUUUACUAUAAAGCUGCAGUUAAGACUGUGAUAAGCCAGUAUCAGCUCUAGCUCACCUUGAUUAUGGCUAGCAGCAAGCUGGUUAUAGUACCUGUGUGACCUAAGCUGCGGUCAUGGGCUUAUUUGUGACUGCUACAAUUUGGCCUUUGAUGUUGGUGUAGUUGCACAACUGUUGUAUCCUUGUCGGCCCUCUUUUGCUGUGUGACAGGCUACUGAUCGUAGCCACAGGUGCAGAUUUUUUUUCUUUCUUCAGAAUGUGUAAGAGGUGCCAGCGAGUGUUUCACUAGCCCUGUGUAUGUCGGAGAGUACAAAAUAUGCAGGUACAAAAUAUGCAGGACAUUCAAGUGAUGCCCUUGGCUUCCUAAAGUGUUUGACUGAACAUUGUGUUUGUAUAUAGACAAGCAGGGUUCCUCCAAUGCUGCUGUAAUGCAUAUUUCUUGGCCCGCAAGUUCUGGGCAUGUAUAUUCUUGCAAAUUCUGUACAGAGUUAAAUGCAUCAUUAUGAAAGUUCACUGGAAAUGUUACGCUGAUGGCAAUAAGUGACAGCAUUUUUCUUUGAAGUGUUUUUCGUCAGGUUAGAUACAAAUAAAUGAUGAUUUAAAAGAAAA